AUGUGGCAAGGUAAAGUGUUAACGUUUCUUUUACUGCUCAGCGUGCCCAGCUGGACAAUCACAUUGCAGGACAUGCUACAACGUUGCCACCAGGAGCAACCCUUCGAGACAAUGCUAUUGUUGCAACAUCGGAAGCAGUUGCAGUGCAAUGAAAUGGAGAAAGUGGCUGCAGUUGCCACUUGGCCCAUGCUGCGGUUCACCAACGAGGCAAGCUUCUAUCUAGUGCGCAGUCAAAGCACUGAGAUGUUGGCAUUGAUUUGUCUAACUGAGAGUCGAGAGAUGAACAUGGAAAUGUGGCAAGCAUUGGCCACAAAUCUCAACAACAUGCGCCAUGUGAGGCUGAUAUUGCUGUUGCAAGAAGAACACGAAGUGUUCUCCUUGCGAGAAUUUCUGACAGAGUUGACAGACAUUACCCAGGAGCUGGGAUUUCGAAAAGUCGUGUUGCUUUCAGCCACAGGAAAUGCCUUUCAACUGCAACCUUAUGCCAAGGAAUCAUGGCUAAGUAUCAAUCCAAAAAGCAGUGAACCAAUCUUCAACAGCUUCAGCAACUAUCAGCAGCUCGUUGCACGCACUUUGCCCGAUCAGAUGAUAACGCGUUCUCUGAUUUAUAAAGACAAAAAGACGGGACAACAAAAGUUUACGGGAUUUGUGGCCAGAUUGAUAACGGAAUUUGCCAGGAAGCACAAUAUAACAUUGCAAAUGCAACGCGAAGUGGAAAUCGGAAAGAUAAUCCCAUUGAUGCUGCUGCGUAACAUGACGCUGAAUGGCACUCUCAAUCUUCUGAUGACGUUGUGUGGCUACGAAGUCAACAAUGAGCUGGGCUUAUUCUCGUAUCCCUACGAUUUGCCCUCGUGGUUCAUUAUGGUUCCUUGUGCCAGGGAAAUUCCCACUGCUCGGGUUUACCUAUUGCUGUGGAACUGGAAAAUGUUAAUGUUGAGUUUGAUUUCCUACAUUGUCUUUGCCGUGCUGGAUUCAUCUGUCAUCUGCCUGCUGUUGAGAAUCAAAUUGGAUUGGAGCACUCUGCUGUUCAACGAGCGUUUGAUAUCGGGUGUUUUGGGUCAGGCAGUCAGUUUAAAAACUAACUAUACGAUCAGUUCGCGAGUCAUUCAAGCUCAACUAUUCAUUGUUGGUCUCUUGCCGAAUGGAGAGUCUUUAGAAGGCAACAGGAAGUGUUCCAGCAGCGAGGACAGUGUUUCCAUAGCGGCUUAA